AUGGCUGUUUUCAAGCUCAAGGCUAUCGCCAUCAUUCUGGCAUUCUGUGCUGCCUCUGUCGCCGCAACUGGGGGCGAGACUGCUACUUGUCUGUCUGAUCAUACCACCACCGAAACUGCUGUGACUGAUGCUGGUUAUUCAAUCUCUGACGGCACUCUCGUCUCUACCAUGAACAUCUGCACUGUUACCCACGAGACCAAGUGCGAUCAUGUCGCCUCCGUGCCUUACAGCGUCGAGAUGCACCCUUCCUCCGCCGCCGGAGCUACUGCUCCUGCUGACAGCUCCGCUACCUCCGUCGGCGCCCAGGGUGUCUCCGCUACCACCGAGGCCGGUCCUCCUGCUGAACAGACUGGAGCUCAGUCUACUGGUGCCCCUGUUGUCCCUGUUGUCCCUGUCCCUCCCUCCUCCGGACCCAGCUACGUCCCUGGACCUGGUACUGCCUCCGGCGAGCAGGGUACCAACCCUAGCCCUACCAACUCCGCUGGUGUCGAGAACCCUUCUCCUUCUGCUGUCGUCAGUGCCACCGAUGUGCCCGGCGUCCAGACCACCACCGCCGCCUACGGAUCCUCCGUCACUGACACCGCUGUCGUUGUGACUGACUCCGAGACCGGGUACGAGACCGCUAUCUCUAGCACUGCUACAGACACUUACCCUUCCUCUGCUGAGGAGACCGACGAGAGCACUCCUACUGGCACUCCUGGUGUCACUGCCAGUGCAGCAGCUAAGAUGCUUGCUCCUGGUGCUGCACUCAGCAUCGCUGGCAUGCUCAUCGCUGUCAUCUUCUAA